AAGGAAAAACUUGUGACGCGAGUCAGUUUAGUGAGACUGAGGGCAACCGUGGAUUACACACCUCUCUCGAGCAAAAAGACAGGACUGAACUUUUGAACUUGUGAAAGACUGCAUGUGUACCCGACUCCGGCGAGUCAAAAUGUAUCCUAAUCCGAGACGCGCUUUUGAGAUUUUGGAGACGCGUUAACAGCGCGUGAAACGUAGAUGUGGAAAGUAUGACCGUGGGAUCUUUGACAGCGAUUGAGGAAGUCAUCGUUUCACGCUAUGCGUCUUAAGCGCAUGAUUUGAUUUGAACAUCAACCUGCAUGUGAAAACAAAAAAAAACAAAAACAACAACUCGGUGAAGAUGAACGAAACGAGCAACAGUCAUGGCAAGGAAGGUUGGGACCCUAGUACCAUCCCGGUCAUUAUGUUCAUAUUUGGAGUGGUCGGGAACGUGAUUGCUAUCGUAGUGCUUCGAAAGUCACGGAAAGAGCAAAAAGAGACCACUUUUUACACUCUGGUGUGUGGACUUGCCGUAACUGACCUCUUGGGAACAAUGCUUGCGAGUCCAGUCACCAUUGCCACCUAUGUGAAGGGAAAGUGGCCCGGUGGGAUCCCGCUGUGUCAGUAUUCCGGCUUCAUUCUACUCUUCUUCUCCUUGGCAGGUCUCAGUAUUAUCUGUGCCAUGUCCGUCGAGAGGUACCUCGCCAUCAAUCACGCGUAUUUCUACAAUCACUACGUGGACCAGCGGGUGGCAGGCUUGACGCUCGUGGUGAUCUAUGUGUCCAAUGCGCUCUUCUGCGCUCUUCCCAGCAUGGGACUGGGAUCCGUGGUGCAACAGCAUCCAGGAACCUGGUGUUUCAUUGACUGGCAUAGCAACGACAGCACGAACGCCACUUUCUCCUACAUGUACGCCGGCUUCAGCUCCGUCCUCAUCCUCGUCACAGUCCUCUGUAACGUGCUGGUGUGUGCGGCUCUCAUUAUGAUGCACAAGCGCUUCGUCCGCAGGACCUCUCUGGGGACGGACCAGGCGCGAGUCGCGGAGAUCAGGCGCAGGCGGAGUUUCGUGCGUCUGGCUGGCGCGGAGAUCCAGAUGGUCAUUGUUCUCAUAGCCACGUCCAUUGUCGUGCUCAUCUGCUCCAUCCCUUUAGUGAUGCGGGUGUUUGUGAACCAGCUGUAUCAUUCUCCAGUAGAGACGAGAACAGAGCUGAACCCAGACCUUAUGGCCAUCCGAAUUGCCUCUGUCAACCCCAUUCUGGACCCCUGGAUCUACAUCCUGCUGAGAAAGACAGUCGUGCAGAAGAUUCUAGAAAAGAUCAAGUGCCUCUUCUGCCGUAUCGGUGGGAGGAGACACGGGAGGAGCUCUACAGAGUUCCACUGUGGUAAUGGCAUCCACAGCUCAUCGGUCAUGUCUCGUGAUUUGCCGUCGCUGGUGCUGCCCGAGUUGCCAGAGGUGAUCAGCACGUCACAGAUGUACCUGUAUCCCCUGGAGGCGGGACAGGAAAUGGGCUGCUGCAGUGACUCUAUGCAGAGCAGGACGUGUUCAACUUCAACCGAGCAAACUCUUCUGCGGGACUCUCAGGUGGUAGAGCUCAGCAGUGGAGAAAACAGAACGGAAACGGACACGGACUUUGUGAAAUCACAUUCAUGCACGCACUCCAACACAAAUGAACCGCAGUGUUCCAAGCACCAGCCGCUGCAGGUGACCUUUACAGACGAGACUUUGAGCUUUCAAGAAAGAAGCUUAUGAUACAUGCUGAAAAACUCGCUUAAUUCAACACGGCAGGAAGUGAAAUACAUUUCAAGAGCUUGAUGUGAGUGUUGCGAAUGGAAUCAGAACUUCUCAGAGCGAAAAUUGAAAGAAAGAAUUCCUAAAAACUCAUGAGACUGAAGAGAAAAGUUUUAAGAGAAAGACCAAUCAAAGGACUAAACUUGGUGCAAGAAAGUGAAAAAAGUGCUUACUAAAGUAGGAAAAAGAAUGUUGCGAUAAAUCUAGGUCAAAGCAUGCAAAAAAAAAAAGCAUGAUGGGGUUCUGGAAAGGGUGAAAGAGCAGAGGAGGAUGGAGAGGCAAACUGGCCUCAUUUUCUGGUAGUAACUCAUAAUGCAUUACAAAAGAAUGUGUUUUGUUAAGCAACAGGUUAUGCUGACUGCAUAUUCUAAACAGCGAGGCACAUGACAGCUCUAAAAAAAUGUGUCUUUAAUUUAUUUUAGGUUCUUGUGAAUUUCUGCAAAAAAGGCCUUCAUAUUAGACAAAUAAUUCCACUGGGCCCUAAUUGACUCAUUUGAUUGACCCGGGCAGAGGGGUUUUUUAUUGUUCCUCUUCUGAAAUUCCGAAUAUUGAUUAGAUUUGAUGGACGACCUUGUGGGUUGUACAUGUGAGCAAUUAUCUACUGCCCUGCUUCAAGUUCCCUUUUUUGCAGACAUUCUGGCGAGAUCGCCAUUAGGUCACAAGUUCAAGUAACCAGAGUGCCUUGUUAGCUUUUCUUAUGCUGGAACUCGUGGUUUAAAAUUUCCUUUUCGUUAUGUUAAGGUGACCAGAACACUUUUAAUUUCCAAUGGUGAAUAAACAACUGUCCACUAUUUCAAACUUAUGUAAGAUGUAGCUAAGUGUACAUUCUUUGGAAUUUCCAUAAUAUGUACAAUAUCCUGUGAAUUAACCAAGCAAUUUCAUAUCCAUGUUUACUAACAGUAACACCAUCACAAAAUAUAUUGGUACUGAAAACACAUCGUACAAUGUAAGAGCACAUCGUUAAUAGUGUUUAUAUUUGUUUCUUUUAAAGUAUAUGUAGAUGAUAGAAUGUAUAGUGAGGAGGUGAAAUUGUAAAAGCUAUUAAGAUGUUGAAUGUCUUUUAAGGUCAUAUGUUUUGCACUUUUAAAUCCUUGUAACCAACCCCUGAAGAAAAUGUCAGUGUUGAUCAGUCAGUGGUUGUCAAGGAAGAACUGUUGAGUUCGUCUGUACAUACUUGUGAUGUUAAAAUGUGAACACUGUCUUGUUGUUUUAAUUUAUUGUAGUGUUUUUUUUAGACAUCUGUGGACUGUAGUUAUCUCUUCUCUGUGAGAAGGUCGAGUUUGACAUAGUUCUAACUCAUGUUGAAGCAGUUAUAUGGUUUUUGUUUCAUUUCACAUUUCUUAUGUGUAUCAAAACAGUACAAGGCAUGAAUUUAAGCUACUUCGCACCAUCAUCUGCUGCAUGUAUAUAAAUGAUUCAACAUUACUGUGGACAUUUUCACCGUUUCAUUUUCACAUUUUCAAACACAAAGACAAUCUUGUCUUGCUCUUAACCCUCGAUGUGACCCUCCAGAAUGUGCAAUGGCCAGCUAUUUCAUGCUGAAAUAAACUCUUGAAUUAAAAACAAAUAGAAAAACUGAAAA